AUGCAUUGACAUCACCUACCACACUUACUUUCUGUCUCAAGAGAAGAGUUGCACUUCCUUCGAAUUGUUUGGCUCAAAUACUUGCACUAACAACCAACACAUCGAAAGGCAAGAUGAAUUUGGAGGAAUACUUCAAAAGAAUUGGUUUCCAUGGCUCAUAUGAUAAGCUGGAUCUUGCAACACUGAAGCUGAUUCACAAACUGCACGUCAUGUCAAUUCCUUUUGAGAACCUCAGCAUUCACUGUGGUGAGAGGAUCAUCAUGGACCUUGAGGUCAUUUUCAACAAGAUAGUGAGGAGCAGCCGUGGUGGUUGGUGCCUUGAGAACAACUUCUUGUUUGGCUGGGUGCUGAGAGAAAUGGGCUACGACACCACAAUGCUGGGCUCCAGAAUUUUCUCUAGUACCACCAAUGAUUUUUUACCCGCUGAAACUCAUCUCAUCAACAAGAUCAUCAUUGAUGGAAAGGCUUAUAUAGCAGAUGUAAGCUUUGGGGUGUCUUCUCAAGUGUGGGAACCCCUGGAGCUUGUCUCUGCAAAGGACCAACCUCAGGCAGCAGGUGUCUUUCGCCUCAUAGAAAAGGGGGACAUCUGGGUGCUGGAGAAAACUGGUAGAAAGCCAGAGAUUCUCAAUCCAGACUUUGCAAAAUCAAGCCUGGUGGACUGGAAGGUAACAAAGCAGAUCUAUGGCUUCACCUUGGUGCCUCGUGAGGUUGAUCAUUUCUUGGAGACAAACCACACACACCAGACAGAUCCUGCAUCACUGUUCACCAGGAAGUCCAUCUGCUCUUUGCAGACACCAACAGGAUUCAGAGCCCUUCUUGGCUGGACCUACAGUGAGGUCACCUACAAACCUGAGGAAGGUGUUGAUGUCUUUGACAUGAGGAACAUAACAGAUGAUGAGAUAGAGCAAAUUCUGAGGGAAAAAUUCAAUGUAAAGCUGCAGAACAAACUGCAGCCUGUUAACCAGAAAGCAUGGUACACGCUCUAAAAUCUUGCACAUAUUCUUUUUUUGAUUGUCCUGUAAAGAUCUCACAACCUGUGCUGAUUUCAUGACUAACCAGAGAGAGCAGCUUGAUUAAAACAAUGAUAACAAUGCUUUGAAUUACAUUGUUCCUGCAAUGAAAAUCAUGCAGUUGUUGGGACUGAGAAAAGUAACAAUGGAUGACAUGUUUUGAAUUUAUGUAUUUUGUGUAUGUCUAAGAGUUAAGUAGCUUGAGUAACUGCAAGGAGCAGACAUGCUGUUCUUAAGUAAAUAAUUACUGACAAAAGAAAAUCAUUCAAUCCAAGAAAAUCAACAUUAAAACACUGUUGUUUGCCAUUA